AACACAUCGAACGUUCCGAUGUAUAUGACGGCUUAUAAUCGUUUGGAUAACUUGAAAGCUUUUGGGAAUGGAACAAAUAUUGGUAACGCAACAAGCACUCAAGAAGACUCGGCCACGUCGAGCAAUGGCCAUUCGUCAGGCAUGCAGUCCGCUGCUGGAGGCUUGCCGCAGUGUAUCGAUUCGCAAUGGAUCGAAACAACGAAUGCAAAAGCACAAGCAAAACUUGAGAUUUUAUCCGCUGAUUUCAAACGACAAAAGGAUGAGGGCGUUAAGAUAGUGGUGUUGGGAGGAAAGUAA